AUGCUUCGAAUGGGCUUCGCGCUCACAUCCCAUCUUGGACAAACACACGUACCCUCGCCCUCUCGUGGCUCGACACCUACACCACUCUGCCGCCAUCCCACACGCUGCCCCCAGCUCCGCUUGCCCUCCCCGACUUCACUUCACCUCACCUUGCCUCGCCUUACCUUGCACGGAACCCGUCCCGCCUUUUGCCUCACGCUCAUCAUCGCCAUCCAUCCAUCCAUCCUUCCUUCCUUCCUUCCCCCUCACCCCCCGCUCAUCGGACGAGACGACGGCGAAGAGAACCUCCUUCUAGCACUAGGAAUCCAGAAGCCCGGUGCGGUGCCUAAGCGCAGCCACCACCCCACCUCCGCCUCGACGCAACCUGCCAGCCUCUACUUCGGUCUCUUCCUGCUCUGCCACGGCGCGCACCUAAAGACGGCAAAUACACCCACCAACCUCUCCAGACUCCUAUCAAACAACACCAUAGCGGUCGCUGCUGCCACAACUACAAUCCGCCACCCCGCCAAAUCACAAGGCAAUCAAGCGACUCGCUGA